CUCUCCUCUUUGGGCGGUUCCAGUCUGAAAGAAACGUUUAGGAAGAAAGCCCAGCAACAAAACUAUCAGCGCAGACACAAACAUGGCGCCUGCCUCCGCUGACAACUUCAGAUGAAAGUGUGGCCAGCAAAGUUACAAAGGAGUAUUUCGAAGUGCCUUUUUUUGCGCGCCGUCCUGUUUUAACCUGUAUCAGUUUGCAUAAAUAGAAAUACGGACUAUAUCAAGCGGGUUAAUAACAGCAAGUUGCCUACAUGUCAACAUUGUCUCUCGCUGCAGUGUAAACAGCUGCCAUGAUCGAGGACAAGGGUCACCGUGUGACCGACUACUUUGUGGUGGCCGGGCUGACAGACAAGUCCACGCCCCUGGAGCAGGACCUGUCGGAGACCAAGUCCAGCGGGCCCAAAGCACCCAUCACUGACUUGGCCGUCAUUAACAGGUCAGCGGGAGAAACCGUGCCCGAGGGCUUCACUUGCAUCGACAGCACCUACAGCGGCCAGCCAGCCAACCUUAAUCAUGGCAGUCUUAAGAGCCCCGAGCUGUUUCUGUGCUACAAGAGGGGUCGAGGGAAGUCUCCUCUCAUUGACGUUGGCGUGCUGUAUGAGGGUAAGGAGCGUCUGAUCCAGGGCUGUGAGAUCAUUCAGGCCACACCGUACGGCCGCUGCGCCAACGUCAACAACAGCUCCGCCACCUCGCAGCGCAUCUUCAUCACCUUACGCCGAGCGCCGCCCGUCCAGCCUCAGAACUCCCUCGCAGUGACAGACAUCUGCGUUAUUGUCACGAGCAAAGGCGAGAUACCACCACAUACCUUUUGCAAGGUGGACAAGAACCUCAACUGUGGCAUGUGGGGCUCCAAUGUGUUCCUGUGCUACAAGAAAUCAGUCUCUGCAUCCAAUUCCAUCAGUUACAAAGCUGGUCUCAUCUUUCGUUACCCAGAAGAGGACUAUGAGUCUUUUCCUCUGUCAGAAUCUGUCCCUCUGUUUUGUUUACCCAUGGGUGCUAAGAUUGAGUGUUGGGCACCAAACACACCUGAUCCUCUGCCCGUCUUCUCCACAUUCGUCUUAACCAUCUCUUCCGGUGAAAAGGUGUAUGGAGCGGCCAUCCAGUUCUACGAGCCACAUCCAGUGGAUCAGUUGAGCGAGAAGCAGAAGAUCCAGCUGGGCCUGCUCACCACGGUGGAGAAGAAGGUGAUCCCCAACCGUCCUGUGAACACCAAUAAAUGCAUCUGCCUGCUCUCCCGCUGGCCAUUCUUUGAGUCCUUCCGCAAGUUCCUGAUGUUCCUCUACAAGCUCUCCGUCUCAGGCCCACACCUGCUGCCUAUUGAAAAGCACAUCUCACACUUCAUGCACAAUGUGUCAUUUCCUUCUCCUCAAAGGCCAAGAAUAUUGGUCCAGCUCUCGGCACAUGACACCUUGAUCCUCUCCCAGCCUGUGUGUACACCCUUACCCCUCAGCGGGGCAGACUAUGGCACUCUGCUGAUGAAUCUGGGCUCAGAGAACUGCGCCACACUGCUGCACUUUGUCCUGCUGGAGAGCAAGAUCCUGCUGCACUCCCUCCGGCCCGCUGUGCUCACCGGAGUGGCCGAGGCUGUGGUGGCUAUGAUCUUCCCCUUCCAGUGGCAGUGUCCCUACAUCCCCCUGUGCCCGCUCUCUCUAGCAGGCGUCCUCAACGCUCCCUGUCCAUUCAUAGUGGGCGUGGACUCCCGCUACUUUGACCUUUACGACCCCCCGCCAGAUGUUGUCUGUGUGGAUCUGGACACCAACACUAUCUACCUUUCUGAUGAAAAGAGACACAGCAACUGGAAGAACCUCCCAAAGAAGCCCUGCAAGAGUCUGGUUAACUCUCUGAGCAACUUGCACCACCAGCUGGCCACGGUUUCAGUACGUCAAACAACACAGGAGAACUCCGCAGUGGACAUGACCCCCAUCGAGGCAGACUUCACCUGGCACAAGAAGAAGACGGCCCUGGAGAUGGAAAUCCAGGAGGCCUUCCUUCGCUUCAUGGCCUCCAUCCUGAAGGGCUACCGCUCCUACCUCAAACCCAUCACCCAGGCGCCCUCCGAAAAGGCCACGGCCGCAGACUCCCUCUACGACCUGCAAGGGUUUCUCAAAAGCAGAGACCGAGCCCACCAGAAGUUCUACUCCCAGCUCACCAAGACCCAGAUCUUCAUCCGCUUCAUUGAGGAGUGCACCUUUGUCAGUGACAAGGACACUGGCCUGGCCUUUUUUGACGACUGUGUCGAGAAGCUUUUUCCCUCUGAUAAACUCACCGACAAGGGCACCAAGGUUGAAGGGGAGUCAUCUGAGGACACGAGGCUGCUGGAACUGGACGAGUCCCAGAAGAGCGAACACACUGUUUUUGUCAUGCCUGCUGAACCUCCAGUUGGCGAUGGAACUGAAACUGCCCCCAGAUACAUCUAUAAAGGUUUCCCCAGGCUGCAGAUGGAGCUGUUUGACCGUCCUCGGGAGUUACUUCCAGCACUCAGCAGCAGAACAGCCGGGGCCAGUGUGUCCAGCAGCCCUGCACUACUGGCUAAGAGGACGAAGCAGGAGAUCAAGCUAGCAUACAAGAUGGCUAAGCGCUUCUACUCCAGUCCUCCGGAGUGGGCCAGGUGUCUGUUCAGUCACUGCUACAGCCUGUGGUUCAUCUGCCUACCAGCAGCCGUGCGACUCUCCAAGUCUAAAAGCCGUGCCAUGCAGCAGGCGUACAACGUCCUCCUAAAGAUGAGGACCACUGAGGUGGAGGUGCUGGAUGAGGUGUGUUACAGAGUGGUGAUGCAGCUCUGUGGUUUGUGGGGUCUUCCUGUCAUGGCUGUGCGAGUCCUGGUUGAGAUGAAAAAAGCCGGAGUACAUCCGAACGCCAUCACAUAUGGAUACUACAACAAGGCCGUCUUAGAGAGCCCGUGGCCGAGCAGGAACCGCAGUGGCCUCUUUAUGUGGACCAAGCUUCGUAAUGUGCUUCGUGGAGUGACCCAGUUCAAGCAUGCUCCAGACCGAACAUCUUCCAAGAAGGGCCCCACACUUAGUACUACAGGUGGGUCAGCAGUCACCGACGCUGACCGUUUGAGUCAUGGAAGUGCCGACAGCUCAAGUGAGGUCAACGGCGAGGAACACAACCUGUUUGCGCAUAGCCACGGCACGAAAGACACAACAGACAACAGCUGUAGCACAGGAAGGCAGUCUGAUCAAGGCUACGGCUCCAAAGAUGAGUUACACCAGGUGCUGGCAGAGCCUUCACAUACAGCUGUCCUUUCCGUGGAAGAGAGAAACAAUUCCAAAGCACAGCAUAAUGGAGGUGACAUUGCUAGCUCGGUGGACAGUGUUGUAGCACUAGCAGAGCCCCCCAGUCCUGUUGAUGGGCUCUCGUCUGUCCCCAGUAUUGUGAAGCUGUCCACAGGGAGCUUUGAUGGUGGCAGGGAAACAGGUACAGGGAAGCUGUUCAGGAGACACAGCAAGACUGAUAAUGUGUCUCUCCCUGAUGAUGAUGAUGAUGCCUCGCUGCCAUCAGGAGAUGUAGCUAACCUGCCUCAACAGCAGCGGCAGAAAUCCUUUGCUGAACGCAGCUGUAGCUUCAGCGUUGAAACUCGUGCUGGGAUGCUCCUAGAGAAAGGCGUGGACCACAUGGCCAGUCAGAUGGGUGCCGAUGCCCGUAUCCUGGCUGCAGCGCUCUGUGCAGGCCAAAGUCCACCCCCUAAUAGUGUGCCCAAAGCACUUUUUAAAGACCUGCAGGAAGAGCCUGGAGAUGAUCGGGGCUUGAUACUGGUGAAGCUGCCAGAGGAAGAGGAGCCAGGAGCACCAGAAGAAGAGAAGGGAGAUGAUGAAAAGGUAGAAAGGACUGAGUUAAAAAAGGAGAAACGAGAAAGGAAGCACACUGAAACAAACGAGGAGGACUCUGGGUUGCGAGCGCCGACCCUGGAGAGGGCGGACGUAAAGGUGGGUGCUGACCCACUUUCCCUCCUGGUGACUGAGAGCGAAGAGUCGGCCUCUGUUACCAGCCAGGAGCCACCACGCUCCGUGCCUGCUGUGGUGUCCCGCAACCUGGCCGAGGAGAUCGAAAUGUACAUGAGCCUGAGAAGCCCCCUGGGUGUGAAGUCCUCCAGCAUGGAGCUCCAGCAGGCCCAGGGAGACUCCACUGACUCCCCACAGCCCAAACAGUCUCUGGAACGCAGGUCUAGCCUCCCCGUGCCUCCUGUAAAAACUCCAACUGGCUCCCCAGGCGAUACACCCAAACGCAGUCCCACCACUGUUACUCGCUCUAAGACUUUUGCAGCAAAGACAAAGACCCCCGGCAGCGCCGUGGGUAGCCCGGGUAUUAGAUCGUCCUCACUGACAGCGCUGGUCAAGUCCUCCCAGGGAGGGUCAUUGGGCUCGGUCAUCAACUCCAUUUCAGGCAUCAAGAUGGACACCCUCUUGUCGGGACCUAAAAUCGAUGUGUUUAAGUCAAGCAUGAAACAGGCGGCAAAUGUAGCCAGCAAAGUGUGGGGAGCAGUUGCUUCAGCUUACUCCUACUCAGAUGACGAGGAAGAACAAGCUCAGGGCGGUGGCGGCUUCCCGUCCCAUCUGGAUGAGCACAUGCUGGCUGCACAUGACAUAGAUGACAGCCCUGAGAGAGGUGUCAUCCCAGGGUUGGUGGCCAACGGCCUCAACCAGAGCUGCACCAGCCUGGGCAGCAGCAGUGGCAGCAGUGACACAGGCCGAGGGACCCACCAGACACAUCCGACCCCAGGACGAGCAGGCAGGGGUCCAGACUCUGAGCAAAGCUCCUCACAUCACGCUUCCUCCUCCAGCAUUUACCAGAACUGUGCACUGGAGGUGCUGAUGUCCAGCUGCUCCCAGUGCCGCUCUUGUGAAGCCCUGGUGUACGAUGAAGAGAUAAUGGCAGGCUGGACAGCUGAUGACUCCAACCUGAAUACCAGCUGUCCUUUCUGUCGCACAGCCUUUCUUCCCUUGUUGCAUGUCGAGUUUCAUGACUUGCGCACAGCGACCGGGUUCUACAUGAAUCCCAGUGCCUCAGGAGACAGUAUCCACAGCUACAGUACCCAGCCCACAGCCAGAAGCUCAGCUGAUAUUAAGACACCUGACCUUAUCUCUUUCCCUGAAGAGGAACCAAGGGAGACUUCAGAUAAUCUGCCCGGAACACACAAGAGUCUGAUUCCAGAGCCGGUGCAGUCGGACCCCCUUGGUCUCCUGGAGCACGAGGCAGCGGGGAAACAGCAGAGAUGCAGUGGGACGUCACUGACGCGCAGCAACAGUGUUGGCGGCCCGCUGCAGAGCCUGGACUACUCCCAGAGACCUGGACAUGGCGUCUCCACCACCAGCCUGCCCUGCAGCCUGCAGGAGGUGUCGGAUGGGAUGGGGACUAAACGGCCGAACCCCAAGCCUGUGUCCGUACCGUACCUCAGCCCCUUGGUGCUGCGCAAGGAGCUGGAGACCCUGUUGGAGAACGAGGGAGAUCAGGUGAUCUACACCCACAAGUUCCUCAGCCAGCACCCCAUCAUCUUCUGGAACCUGGUUUGGUAUUUCCGUCGCCUGGACCUGCACACUCACCUACCUGGUCUCAUCCUUACCUCUGAACACUGCAACAAAGGAGUACAGCUGCCCCUGACGUCACUGUCCCAGGACAGUAAGCAGGUAUAUGUCCAGCUCCUGUGGGACAACAUUAACCUGCACCAGGAACAUGGAGAGCCCCUCUAUCUGCUCUGGAGGACCUUGUUGGAGAAGAAGGGGACAUUGGCUCCGACAGACCACCAGGAGAUUCGCACCCUCCUCAACACAAUUGUUCGCAACAUCCAGACCAACGACGUUUACGGGCCAAUCAACCUGUUGAUCCGAGAGAUCAAGCGGCGCCCUGAGGGUGUCAAACGGCAGAGGAGUAUCUAUCGAGAAAUAUUGUUCCUCUCACUAGUGGCCUUGGGGAAGGAGAACAUCGACGUAGAGGCCUUUGACAGGGAGUACCGCCUGGCUUACAACGAACUGAGCGCCGAGCAGCUCAAGUCUUUGCACCGCAUUGAUCGACCGCCCAGCCCCAGCGUCCAGUGGUGCCUUAAAUGCUUCGGGACCCCCGUCAUCUGACCACAAACACAAAAGUGAAGUGCGAAAAAUGAUUUUGUAUUUAAACACCUCUCAUCGCCCAAACAUGGUACUUCUUCUUCCUCUUGUCUUGGAAGAUCCCCAUCGUCUGCUUUUUUUUACAAACCUAAUGAUGCUUUUCAUAGGCUACUUAAAGGUGGAACUGUUUCUGUAAGUGGCUUGGACAGCUACAGUGAAUCUUUUGGGACUAGCUGAGUUGUGUUUCCUUACAGAUGGUGUAUAGAAUGAUUAAUCAUUGUACAGAAUGUAUUUACUGCCCCUAUAGUGUAGGGGUGUGUGUGUGUGUGUGUGUGUGUGUGUGUGUGUGUGUGAGUGUGUGUGUGUGUUCGUGUUCAUUUCUCUGUCUUGUAGCCUUUUGCCCGUUUUGCUUAAAUCAGUCAUAACUGUCCCCAGAUUAGAUCAGUGUACAUACCCGGACUGUUAGUUUGUGCACUUUCUUUAAAAAAAAAACAAGAAAAAAAAAAAAAAAAAACUGUGACUCAAGUCCACCUGUCUUUUUGUACAUAGGGGGGGGGAAUCUGAAACCAGGGUUGCCUAUUUUUUUUGGAGGCAACGUGUCUCAAUGCUUUGACAUUUUGUGUGAUCCAAGUCUUAAUUAAUGUUGAAGUUUGUUUCAUUGUAAAUGUACAGGUUCAGAGCUGUCUGUGUAAAUAUGCAUUGGAAGCAGACAUGUAAAUGGGAGAGGACUGAGGACAAUCACUAAUUAUCAAUCACUGAAAUUGAUUCUACAACAUUCCAGAAGCCCUGCAAUCAAAACAGGUCUUAAAGAAGUAUUAUUGAUCUCUGCAACAACACUCAACCGCGUGUGAUUAAAACCACCCGAUUGGAGGAAGAGAUUAUAAAAUACAUCAAUGGGAAGUGAAAAGGCAUGCCACACUACUGAUUCCCAUACUUUAAAACAAAGACCCACGUUCUCUUGCAGGAAAAGACAACUCGGUGCCUCAGUGACGGAGCAGUCAGUCCAGCUUGUGUUUUUAAUAUCUGCAUUUUUUUAACAGUAACAUACUUUACUUGUCCAGCUAAUGUGCCUUAUUGUAGUGUUAAAUUAGAACUGUAACUCACAAGUACUGGUCUGGGGCUAUUUCUUACUCUAGCAUAGAACGAACCAGUUUUUUUUUUUUUUUAAUUGGCUGUACUAUUUGUGGACAAGAUUGAUUUUAUGGUUUACACAGUAGCUUUGGAUGAUCUUGGUAUCAAUUAGAGCUAUAUACUGCAAAAGGCUUCUUCAGUACUGCUGACACUGUUAAGAAAUAAAUCAUUUUAGAACAUAACAUUCCACUAAAUGCUGAAACAGACAGAAGAAAGCAAAGUGCUGUGAUGAACUGUUGGGAAAUGGAUGUAGAUGGUCCAAUUGUAGACUUGGGAGAGUGACUUGUACAGAAGUGAUAAUAUUGUGAAAUAUUUAAUUUGCACUGCAUAGAUUAAAACUUGACCUUAACCCAGGGUGAGGAUGAGAUCAGCCCACCUCUUAAUAUUAGGAACAAACAGUAGUUUUUCCUCCAAAACAAAAGGAAAGUCUCAAUUAUUUAUUUUUCUAUCAUUGACAUUUGGAUUUCAGGCUGUAAUUUAGCAUUUUCAUGAAUAACAAUCCCCCCUUUCCCUUUUAAUCUGUCUCAAGGGAUCCCACUCUGUACUGAUUUUGUAAAUUUGACCUGAUGGCAGAGGAUGUACAGAAGAGACUGUUGUUUAACAAUAGAUGAUAUACAUAAGUGAUAUCUUACCGUCCUGUGGAAAGAAAUUGAAUGUCUACACUCGAGUGCGCUGCAAUAAAUGAGUUUGUAAACUGAUUGAAAA